CCCAAGUGUUAAAGACAAGGGAGGUUACCUCUGUCUGAACCCUGAUUGGCUGGUUCGAUUCCCCCCCUCCCGUGUUGCUGACAUUAUAGAGAUAUUAGGAAAAGUAGGACGAGAUAGCAGGAACUCACAGGUUCACGUCAGGUUGUCCUGUCAGCCUUUCAACAUGGAUAAUGGUACUGUAAUAACAAUGUUCUUCCUCUCAGGUUUAAAUGAAACCAGGAACCAGAGAUAUGUUUUAUUUGCUCUCAGUUUAUUGUAUUAUUGUGCAAUUUUGUUGGUGAACAUUGCACUUGUGGUUACUGUCAUCUUGGACAAAAACUUCCACGAACCAAUGUACAUUUUCCUGUGUGUCCUUUGCAUCAAUGGCCUUUUUGGAACCACUGGGUUUUUUCCUAAGUUCCUGUGGGAUCUGCUCUCUCCUCUUCAUGUCAUCUCUUACUCCGGCUGCCUGGUCCAGGCUCUGGUCAUGUACUCCUACGUCUGCAGUGACCUCUCCGUUCUCGCAGUGAUGGCGUAUGACAGAUAUGUGGCCAUAUGUCGACCGCUGCAGUACCACGCUGUCAUGUCCAAGCCAAAGGUUAUUAAAUUAGUUGUUUAUUCUUGGGUCACACCAGUCGUCGUGAUCGGUACAAACAUUUCUCUGACAUCCAGACUGAAGCUGUGCAGCCCAUUCAUUCCCAGACUGUAUUGUGUGAACUGGAUUAUUGUGACACUGGCUUGUUUUAUGACUGACACGAUUGUUAACAACGUAGUGGCGUACACAACGAUCCUCAUCUACGUGUUUCACGGUGUCUUGAUAGUAUGGUCUUACAUGUACGUCAUUUUGAAAUGUGUACAUUCUAUGGACAACAGAGCAAAGUUCAUGCAGACAUGUGUGCCUCAUGUCCUCUCCUUAUUUACCUUUCUCUUUACUAUACUCUUUGAUAUAAUGACCAUACGAUUUGGUUCAAAGAACUUUCCUCAGAUGUUCAAAAAUUUUGUGGCAAUAGAGUUUCUUGUCAUACCCCCUUUGAUGAAUCCCCUUAUUUACGGCUUCAAGUUGACCAAAAUUCGAAAGCGAUUUUUGGGUUAUUUUAAACUUUGUACAAUGUAAUGAGAAAUGUUAUAGAUUAAACGUUUUAUUAAAAAUAAACACCCAAUUAUUUUGGGACAAGCAAUGUAGUUUUUAUAUAUAUCAAUCAAUUAUAUUGUCUGUUCAUGGAUAAACAUAUAUACAUAUACAGUAUAUAUAUGACAAAUAUUUAUUUGUAUGACAUUGACAAGUGACUUAA